UGACACAAAGACUUAGAAGAGAGAGGCACAGUACUCCCACUCCCACUCUGUGAUCAAAGAUGGCCGUUGUUCUUGAUGCCUUCAUCUCCGGGCUGGUCGGUACGUUGAAGGACAUGGCUAAAGAGAAGGUGGACUUGCUGUUGGGCGUCCCCGGGGAGAUCCAAAAGCUCCAACGAUCUCUCCGCAACAUCCACUCUGUCCUUCGUGACGCCGAGAAGCGGCGGAUCGAGGACGAGGACGUCAACGACUGGCUGAUGGAGCUCAAGGAUGUCAUGUACGACGCCGACGACCUCCUCGACGAGUGCCGGAUGGAGGCCGAGAAGUGGACUCCUCGUGAGUCCGAUCCGAAGCCGUCCACCUUGUGCGGAUUUCCCAUCUGUGCUUGCUUUCGCGAGAUCAAGUUCAGACAUGCGGUGGGCGUCAAAAUCAAGGAUCUCAACGGUCGGAUGGAAGAGAUCUCGGCCCGAAUGUCCAAGCUGCAACUCCAUGUGUCUGCGGCGGAACGGAAGCUGGUUUCUCGAGUUAGUCGCAUAACAUCCCCCGUGAUGGAGUCUGACAUGGUUGGCCAGCGACUGGAGGAGGACGCCAAGGGACUGGUUGAGCAGCUGACAAAGCAGGAUCCGAGUAAGAACGUGGUGGUGUUGGCAAUUGUGGGGGUCGGGGGCAUCGGAAAGACCACGCUCGCUCAGAAGGUGUUCAAUGAUGGCAAAAUCGAAGCCAACUUCGGCACCACCAUCUGGGUGUGCGUGUCCCAAGAGUUCAGCGAGACGGAUCUUCUAAGAAAUAUCGUUAGAGGUGCUGGUGGAAGCCAUGAUGGAGAACAGAGCAGGAGUCUGUUGGAGCCCUUGGUGGAGGGUCUCCUGAGAGGGAACAAGUUCUUGCUGGUGUUGGAUGAUGUUUGGGAUGCUCAGAUCUGGGACGACUUGCUCCGCAAUCCUUUGCAGGGAGGAGCAGCAGGGAGUAGGGUGCUGGUGACCACCAGAAACGCAGGGAUCGCGAGGCAAAUGAAGGCGGCCCACGUCCACGAGAUGAAGCUGCUGCCUCCGGAGGAUGGCUGGUCCCUCCUGUGCAGGAAGGCGACGAUGAAUGCAGAGGAGGAAAGGGAUGCCCAAGAUCUCAAGGACACAGGCAUGAAGAUUGUUAAGAAAUGCGGAGGGCUUCCCCUGGCCAUCAAGACCAUCGGAGGGGUCCUCUGCACUAGAGGACUCAACAGAAAUGCGUGGGAGGAAGUUCUCCGCAGCGCCGCAUGGUCACGGACCGGGCUUCCCGAAGGCGUGCAUGGAGCACUGUAUCUGAGCUACCAAGACUUGCCGUCUCAUCUCAAGCAAUGCUUACUCUACUGUGCCUUGUUCCGUGAAGACUAUGAGUUUCACGGGCCUACCAUCGUCAGAUUCUGGAUAGCCGAGGGGUUUGUCGAAGCACGAGGAGAUGUUAUGUUGGAGGAAACAGGGGAGCAAUAUUACAGAGAGCUGCUUCAUAGGAGCCUUCUACAAUCACAACCUUUCAAUCUGUACUACAAGAAUUAUUCCAAGAUGCAUGACCUGGUGCGAUCUCUUGGCCAUUUCCUAUCGAGAGAUGAGGGCUUAUUCAUUAGUGACGUGCAAAACGAGUGGAGAAGUGGUGCCGCCCCGAUGAAGCUGCGUCGGUUGUCGAUUGUGGCCACUGAAACCAUGGACAUCCGGGAUAUCGUCAGUUUAACGAAACAAAAUGAGUCAGUGAGGACAUUGUUAGUGGAGAGAACAAGUGGCUCCGUGGAGGAUAUAGAUGAUUACUUGAAGAACUUCGUGCGACUUAGAGUCCUCCAUCUUAUGGGCACAAAUAUCGAGAUCCUACCGCACUACAUCGGAAAUUUGAUACACUUGAGAUACUUGAAUGUGUCUUAUAGCUAUGUCACGGAGCUUCCCGAAAGCAUAUGCAAUCUGAUGAAUUUGCAGUUUUUGAUCCUCAAAGGAUGUAACGAGUUGACACAUAUCCCCCAGGAUAUAGUUAAGCUAGUCAAUCUAAGGACACUCAAUUUUGGAGGUACACAGCUGGAGAGCUUACCAUAUGGAAUAGGAAGGUUGAAACACCUCAAUGUACUCCGAGGAUUCGUGGUGACCACGGCUAAUGGUACGUGCCCAUUGGAAGUACUAGGCAGCCUCCAGGGGCUCAGAUACCUCUCCAUUUGUAAGUUGGAGAGGGCGUGGAUGGAAGGUGAACCAAGAUGGGAUACAAGCGUGUUAAAGGGUAACCAAAAACUAAAGAAUCUACAUUUACAUUGCUUACCCAGACCGACGUCCGAUGGUUACAGGGAGGAAGAGAUUGAAAGAAUCGAGAAGGUGUUGGAUGUGGCACUUCAUCCACCAUCGUCUGUUGUUACGCUCAGGUUAGAGAAUUUUGUCGGCCUCCGGUACCCCAGCUGGAUGGUGUCUUCAUGCAUCAGUUCGCUUCUUCCAAACAUAAGACGCUUGGAACUAAUUCACUGUCAUUACUGGCCACUACUUCCACCGCUAGGGAAGCUCCCAAGCUUGGAGUUUCUUCACAUCGAAGGUACACUUGCAGUGGCCACCAUUGGACCGGAAUUUUUUGGGUGUGAAGCUGCUGCUACUGGUCACGAUUGGGAACGCCCUUCUUCCUCUUCUCCUCCUCCUCAUCUUAUGUCGUUUCCGAGACUAAGGCAGCUGCGACUCAGGGAUAUGAUUAACAUGCAAGUGUGGGAUUGGGUAGCGGAAGGUUUUGCUAUGCGUCGCCUCAACAAAUUGUUUCUCGAAAAUUGCCCCAAGUUGAAGUCUCUACCGGAAGGCCUGAUCCGACAGGCAACCUGCUUAACCACAUUGGAUCUGGCCAAUGUGUGUGCUCUCAAGUCCAUCAGAGGUUUCCCUUCUGUAAAGGAACUGAGCAUAAGUGGUGAAUCAGAUCUGGAGAUUGUUACUGAUCUUCCUGCACUGGAGCUCUUGAAGUUGGGCACAUUUGGAUCUCGCAUCAAUCAUUUACCAGAGUGGUUGGCGGAUUGCCCUGCAUGUUUCACUACACUACAGAGACUGGACGUACACGGAACCACCCAACUCCUCCGCAGAUGCCUCCAAAAUGGCGCAUAUUGGCCCAUGAUCAAACACUUUCCAAUUUUUUCCAUCGAAGAUGGCCGAGGCAAUUAUAUAAACUACAUCAAGGGUUCCUGCAUCUUCGACACAAACCUAGUCGAUACUGAUGCUGCUUUUGCUGCUGCUGCUGCUGAAGAAGAAGAAGAAAAAAGACAUCAGUGAGCUUUGAGAUCGACAUCAUUCACGAUGUAAUUGGCAGUCAUGUCUAAUAUGAUCAUUGCAAAUGGAGCUGACCAUGGAAAGUCCGAGACUUUUGAGCGGAAAUGCAGAUCGAGAGGUUGGUUGCGACUCAUGCUACAUUCCCAUGAUAUGGUGAUGAAACUAUUUUGGCUUUCUCUAUACUAUGGUGAUGAAACUACAUUCCCAAGAUAUGGUGAUGAAACUAUAUAAAUUGAGGAACAUACAGAUCAUGUGUUGUGGAAUUACUGUAGAACUAAGAUGCAGACCUGUGAGUCAGUCAAAUAUCUGAUGUAGCUGUACCAGACGAAGUAGUAGUUUUCUGAU